GGUCACUCGCUCCGCUCGCGUCUGUGUUUUCGCGCUUUACUUGAUUGGGAUGACUGAGGUUCAGUCGAGUGCUGGUGCAGAACAAAAGUAUGGGGGUGCUGAGGGGGCAGAUGCCAUGUAUGUAAAGCUUGUAUCAUCAGACGACCAUGAAUUCUACGUUCGUCGAGAGCAUGCUCUUACGAGCGGCACCAUAAAAGCAAUGCUUUCGGGUCCAGUUAAAAAUUGUUGCCACCAUAAAAUCCUAGUUAAUUUUCAUAAACAUUAUUCAUCCAGUUAUAAGCUAUGGUUGGUCAGGUUACAUAACUUAAUCAAUGAUGGACGUCCAUACAUAAUUGUAAACAAUAUUGAAAUGUGUUGCGUCAUAGUGAUGUUGAGUGUUAUCGCCUCUUUCAUAAUUUAUAGGGUCUUAUGCCAAUACAAUUUCUGACACUUAUCAAACAUUUUCCAAGAAGUUUUGGGUUGCCUUAACAGCUGAAAACUGCAUUCAUAUCAGUCUUCUGUUAUAAGAAUAGUAGGCAGGUGAACAUGUGCUAAUUCUUUCAGCUUGUCUUCCAGUGAGAAUUCAGCUUUUUGGAAAUGUUCACUGAUGAAGCUGGUGUCACUUGUUCGGGUAAGACGUAUUAGUCAUUGACCACUCAAGUACAGAAGCACAACACAUUUUAUUAUAUCGCAGUUUCGCACCUUCUUGCUAUGACCUCGAAGAUUUUUAGUCUGGAUGAAGCACCAAAAUAAGACAUCGUCUUUAAAGAUGUGAAGUGCCAAUAUGGGGUUACCUCGUGUUCUGUGAUACGAUAGGAAGAAAAGGUUCAGGCGUUUUAAGCGCUCAUCGUGAGUUUGGAAAGACUCCACUAACACUGUUUCUUUAUUUAAUGUAUGAAAACAAUCAUUAUGGACCAAUACGGCUAUCAUAUGCCAACUAUCUUUCGUCAAUUUCAAGAGAAUGAAACAAAUGUUGUACAUUUUCGUGAAAUACCAUCACAUGUAUUACAAAAAGUAUGCAGUUAUUUCGCUUAUAAAGUACGUUAUACAAAUAGUUCAAGUGAAAUACCAGAAUUUCCUAUUGCACCUGAAAUUUCAUUAGAAUUAUUAAUGGCUGCUAAUUUUUUAGAUUGUUAAUUCAUUAGUUAUUAUUAUUAUAUUAUUGUUACUAAUUUUCUUUUAUGGGUUUCGUUUUUUCUUUUCUUGUUUUAUCCUAACGAUUAUCUUGUGGAGUACUCAUUAUUGUUAUUGGCUUAUUAUUAUUAUUACUAUUCUUAAUAAGCAACAAGAAAAAACAGACAGCGAAAAAUACCUUCAUUAUUCGUAUUACUUCAGUUCUUUAAGUGAAUGUUUUUUUUUCACAGACACAAAAAAACAUACGGUGAUAAUUAAAAAGAAAUAGUAACCAUUACUAUCCCUACUACUACUAUUCCUACUACUACUUCUGCCUCCUUUGUGCUUCCUCUGUUUGAUUCUUAAACAUAUUAAAGGCAAAAAAUAUAUAUUAGUACUUUC